CGUGUCUUUCAAUGGAGCAAGGAGGCGUGUCCUUGAGUUUCCUUGCUUCCGUCGAAUAUUUGCACCCUUUGCAGUGAAUGCCAGUCCGCGCCGGCAUGAGCCGGGAUCCCAAUCACACCGAAUGAAAAAUUAGGGGUAGCUUUGCCCCCAAUCACUCCACAGACAACCCCCGUCUAGCUAACCUUUGCCUUGCCAUAUAUCUGCUAGGAGAGAGAGAGAGAGACCCAUCUUUGGCUUAGAAGGCGAGGCUAGUGCAUGGCAUUGUGGCGGGUGGAUAAGCACAACGACUUUUUGGUGCGUGACUCUCACGAGCAUUACGGCACUCAUUCCUGGCUCCUUUGACUGUCUCCUACUACUGCGGCGUCGGCGGCGAGAAAGGCGAGAAGCGCUUUUGGUUGUAGAUCCUGAGCAGCCAUGGCCGAGCGCCGCGCCUUCGCCCAGAAGAUCAGCAGAACUGUGGCAGCUGAAGUAAGAAAACAGAUUUCAGGACAAUAUGGUGGAUCACCACAGCUUCUCAAGAAUCUUAACAUUGGAGGCAGUGUUUCUCAUCAUACCACUGUGCCUCUUACUGAACCUGUGGAUCCAGUGGAUUUGGAAGAUUACCUUAUUACACAUCCACUUGCAGUAGAAUCCGGCCCAUUGAGGGAUUUGCUUGAAUUUCCUUCUGAUGAUAUUGAAGUUAUUUACAGUCCCCGAGAAUGCAGAACACUUGUGUCAGCUGUACCUGAGGAAAGUGAGAUGGACCCUCAUGUGAGGGAUUGUGUAAGAAGUUACACAGAAGAUUGGGCCAUUGUGAACAGAAAAUACCACAAAUUGGGAACAGGAUUUAACCCCAACACGUUAGACAAGCAGAAGGAGAGGCAGAGAGGCCUGCCCAAACAGAUCUUCGAGUCUGAUGAGGCUCCAGAUGGCAACAACUACCAGGAUGAACAAGAUGAUCUUAAAAGACGGUCCAUGUCGAUAGAUGAUACACCGCGUGGCAGCUGGGCUUGCAGUAUUUUUGACCUGAAAAACUCCCUUCCAGAUGCCCUGCUUCCAAAUCUUCUGGAUCGAACACCAAAUGAAGAAAUUGAUCAUCAAAAUGAUGAUCGAAGGAAGUCGAACAGACACAAGGAGCUUUUUGCAUUGCAUCCAGCCCCAGAUGAGGAGGAGCCAAUAGAAAGACUGGGUAUCCCUGAAAUCCCCAAGGAACACUUUGGACAGCGGCUUCUUGUAAAGUGCUUGUCUUUAAAAUUUGAAAUUGAAAUAGAGCCAAUUUUUGCGAGUUUGGCAUUGUAUGAUGUUAAAGAAAAGAAAAAGAUUUCAGAGAACUUCUUCUUUGAUUUAAACUCUGAACAAAUGAAAGGCAUGUUGCGUCCUCAUGUCCCACCUGCUGCUAUAACCACACUGGCCCGGUCAGCCAUAUUUUCUAUUACUUACCCCUCUCAAGAUGUCUUCCUGGUAAUAAAGCUGGAAAAAGUAUUACAGCAGGGAGAUAUUGGGGAGUGUGCAGAGCCAUAUAUGAUUUUAAAAGAAGCAGAUGCUGCAAAGAACAAAGAAAAGCUGGAAAAGCUGAAAAGCCAGGCAGACCAAUUUUGCCAAAGACUUGGCAAGUAUCGCAUGCCUUUUGCAUGGACAGCCAUUCACUUAAUGAACAUAGUCAGCAGUGCUGGAAGUUUAGAAAGAGACUCUACAGAAGUAGAAAUUGCGACAGGGGAACGCAAAGGAUCUUGGUCAGAGAGAAGGAAUUCCAGCAUCGUCGGCAGGCGUUCCUUGGAAAGAACCACUAGCGGAGAUGAAGCCUGCAACCUAACUAAUUUUAGACCAGCUACCCUCACAGUGACAAACUUCUUUAAACAGGAAGGUGACCGAUUGAGUGAUGAAGAUUUGUACAAGUUCCUUGCAGAUAUGAGAAGACCAUCUUCUGUUCUACGGAGAUUAAAACCUAUCACAGCUCAGUUGAAGAUAGAUAUCUCUCCAGCCCCAGAGAACCCACACUACUGUUUAACUCCUGAGCUGCUGCAAGUGAAACUUUACCCUGAUAGUAGAGUUCGACCAACAAGAGAGAUCCUGGAAUUUCCUGCAAGGGACGUUUAUAUUCCAAAUACAAUAUAUAGAAAUAUUCUAUAUGUGUAUCCUCAAAGCCUUAACUUUGCCAACCGUCAAGGAUCUGCUCGGAAUAUCACUGUAAAAGUCCAGUUUAUGUACGGAGAGGAUCCAAGUAAUGCAAUGCCGGUAAUCUUUGGGAAAUCCAGCUGUGCUGAAUUUUCAAAAGAAGCAUACACGGCUGUUGUAUAUCAUAACAGAUCUCCUGAUUUUCAUGAAGAAAUAAAGAUCAGACUCCCUGCCACAUUAACAGAUCACCACCACCUGCUUUUUACUUUCUAUCAUGUCAGUUGCCAACAAAAACAGAACACCCCACUCGAGACUCCUGUUGGAUACACGUGGAUACCAAUGCUUCAGAAUGGACGUUUGAAGACUGGUCAGUUCUGCCUACCUGUUUCACUGGAGAAACCACCACAGGCCUAUUCUGUGCUCUCACCAGAGGUGCCCCUGCCUGGAAUGAAGUGGGUAGAUAACCAUAAGGGAGUUUUUAAUGUGGAAAUAGUUGCUGUGUCAACCAUUCAUACACAGGACCCUUACCUUGACAAGUUCUUUGCCCUUGUUCAUGCCCUGGAUGAACACAUGUUCCCUGUGAGGAUAGGCGACAUGAGAAUUAUGGAAAACAACUUGGAAAAUGAACUAAAGAGCAGCAUUUCAGCUUUGAAUUCAUCUCAGUUGGAACCUGUGGUGCGAUUUCUCCAUCUCCUGCUUGACAAACUGAUUCUUUUGGUUGUAAGACCUCCUAUUAUUGCAGGCCAAAUAGUCAAUCUGGGUCAAGCAUCUUUUGAAGCCAUGGCCUCUAUUGUAAACAGACUCCACAAAAAUCUAGAAGGAAACCAAGACCAGCAUGGCAGAAACAACCUUCUCACUUCAUAUAUUUAUUAUGUUUUUCAUCUCCCAAAUACUUCUCCCAAUUCCCCAUCACCAGGUCCUGGUGGCUUGGGAGGAUCAGUGCAUUAUGCUACCAUGGCCCGUUCAGCUAUCAGACCAGCAAGCUUAAACCUAAAUCGCUCUAGGAGCCUUAGUAACAGCAACCCUGAUAUAUCUGGGACUCCAACCUCACCUGAUGAUGAAGUACGGUCAAUCAUUGGGAGUAAGGGCUUAGAUCGCUCCAAUUCCUGGGUUAACACUGGUGCUCCAAAAGCUGCCCCAUGGGGAUCCAACCCCAGUCCAAGUGCAGAGACUACACAGGCUGCAGAUCGAAGUUGUAAUCGUAUGUCUUCGCACACAGAGACAUCAAGUUUCUUACAAACAUUAACAGGACGAUUACCAACUAAAAAGCUUUUUCACGAAGAACUGGCCUUGCAGUGGGUUGUCUGCAGUGGGAGUGUACGUGAGGCAGCUCUACAGCAGGCAUGGUUUUUCUUCGAACUUAUGGUGAAAAGUAUGGUGCAUCAUUUGUAUUUUGCUGACAAACUCGAUGCGCCAAGGAAGAAUCGUUUUCCAGAGCGCUUCAUGGAUGACAUAGCUGCUCUGGUCAGCACAAUUGCCAGUGAUAUAGUCUCCCGGUUUCACAAGGAUACAGAUAUGAUUGAAAGGCUCAACACUAGUUUAGCAUUCUUUCUCAAUGAUCUAUUGUCUGUCAUGGACAGAGGAGUUGUCUUUUUCCUUAUUAAGGCAUACUACAAACAGGUGUCCUCCAAGCUUUAUGCCUUAGUGAACCCAAGCAAUCUUGUGUCCUUGAGGCUGGACUUCCUUCGCAUUGUCUGUAGUCACGAGCACUAUGUUACCCUGAAUUUACCUUGCAGUCUGCUGACACCACCUGCAUCCCCAUCACCCUCAGUGUCUUCAGCAACAUCUCAGAGUUCUGGAUUCUCAACAAAUGUCCAAGAUCAGAAGAUUGCAAAUAUGUUUGAACUGUCUGUGCCUUUUCGCCAGCAGCACUAUUUGGCAGGCCUGGUGCUUGCUGAGCUGGCUGUCAUUUUAGAUCCUGAUGCAGAAGGUUUGUUUGGAUUGCAUAAGAAAGUCAUCAAUAUGGUACACAACUUGCUAUCCAGCCAUGACUCCGACCCACGGUACUCUGACCCACAGGUAAAGGCCCGAGUGGCUACGCUGUAUCUUCCUCUGAUUGGAGUGAUCAUGGAAAGUGUCCCACAGCUGUAUGAUUUCACAGAAAGUCACAAUCAGCGUGGAAGGCCAAGCUGCACAGUGGUGGAAGACUGCGAGAGUGAGGGUGGGAGCAUGAUAAGCCAGACAGUUGCCAUGGCCAUUGCAGGAACCUCUGUCCCACAACUCACUCGGCCCAGCAGUUUUCUCCUCGCAUCAGCGACCAGCAGGCAACAUUCAACAUUUUCAGCUGAGUCGAGCCGUAACCUUUUGAUCUGUCUUUUGUGGGUCCUGAAGAAUGCUGAUGAAACUGUAUUGCAGAAAUGGUUCACAGACCUGUCCGUGUUGCAGCUCAACCGCUUGCUAGAUUUGCUCUAUCUCUGUGUUUCUUGCUUCGAAUACAAGGGUAAAAAAGUGUUUGAAAGAAUUAACAGCCUGACAUUUAAGAAGUCAAAAGAUAUGAGAGCUAAGCUUGAAGAAGCAAUACUGGGGAGCAUUGGAGCAAGGCAAGAAAUGGUACGGCGAAGCAGGGGACAGCUGGAAAGAAGUCCUUCUGGGAGUGCAUUUGGAAGUCAAGAGAAUCUGAGAUGGAGAAAGGAUAUGACUCACUGGCGGCAGAACACAGAAAAACUUGACAAAAGCCACAAACCAGCCAGAUCAAGGGCCGAGAUAGAACAUGAGGCACUUAUUGAUGGCAACUUGGCAACGGAAGCAAACCUGAUUAUUUUGGAUACUUUAGAGAUAGUAGUUCAGACAGUCUCUGUGACCGAAUCCAAAGAAAGUAUCCUUGGUGGAGUGCUGAAGGUUCUUUUACAUAGCAUGGCCUGUAACCAGAGUGCUCUUUAUCUACAACACUGCUUUGCUACUCAGAGGGCUUUGGUCUCAAAGUUCCCAGAACUGCUGUUUGAAGAAGAGACUGAGCAGUGUGCUGACUUGUGCCUGCGCCUCCUGCGCCACUGUAGCAGCAGUAUUAGCACCAUACGCUCACAUGCCAGUGCUUCUCUGUAUCUCCUAAUGAGGCAAAACUUUGAAAUAGGAAAUAACUUUGCCAGAGUGAAAAUGCAAGUGACCAUGUCACUCUCAUCCCUUGUGGGAACAUCUCAGAAUUUUAAUGAAGAAUUUCUGAGACGUUCUCUGAAGACUAUUUUGACGUAUGCUGAAGAAGACUUGGAAUUAAGGGAGACAACAUUCCCUGAUCAGGUCCAGGACCUUGUGUUUAACCUCCAUAUGAUUCUGUCUGACACAGUUAAAAUGAAGGAACACCAGGAAGAUCCAGAAAUGCUCAUUGACUUGAUGUACAGAAUUGCAAAAGGUUACCAGAAUUCCCCUGAUCUACGACUGACCUGGCUGCAGAACAUGGCUGGGAAACACUCUGAGAGGAGCAACCAUGCAGAAUCUGCCCAGUGUUUGGUCCACUCUGCAGCACUUGUUGCUGAAUACUUAAGUAUGCUUGAGGAUCGAAAAUACCUGCCUGUAGGAUGUGUUACAUUUCAGAACAUCUCCUCCAAUGUUCUAGAAGAAUCUGCAGUUUCUGAUGAUGUCGUAUCUCCGGAUGAAGAAGGGAUCUGUUCUGGAAAGUAUUUUACCGAAGCAGGUCUGGUUGGAUUGCUGGAGCAAGCUGCAGCCUCUUUCUCCAUGGCUGGUAUGUAUGAAGCAGUCAACGAGGUUUACAAAAUCCUUAUUCCAAUUCAUGAAGCUAACAGAGAUGCCAAGAAACUGGCCACAAUUCAUGGUAAACUUCAGGAGGCAUUCAGCAAAAUAGUUCAUCAGAGUACUGGCUGGGAGUUCCUACUAAGUUGUUGGUGAUUUUUUGUUUUGUUUUGUUUUGUUUACUUCAUGACAUCCCCUAAUAAUUUCACUUUACCAAAGACUUGUGCCAGCUCAGAGGCUUUAUGAAAUGCCAUGCUGUUGUAGAAUUCAAAUUCAUCUCAGUUGGGCUUAUGUAAGAGAACAUACCAAAAUUAAUUGGAUUUGUUGCUGUGUUAAUCACUGGUGGGUGAACUGUUCUGUCUCAAAGCGAGUUGGCCAAAGUGGCUUUUUGGUCCUUUCCAACUCUGAUGUUAUGAAUUCAUAUGCUAGAUUGGUCAGGAAACAUAAUUACUGGCUGAAAAGGCUUGGCAUUCUUAAUUCUCUAUCCGAAAUGGUUAGAUGUUCUCUUAGACCACUGUUGACCCAUUGAGGAUAUUGGGCCUCUUUGUUGGUAACAACAGGGCCCAAAUUGGCAGCCAUGUUUGUUGCUUUGGCAAAGUAAAUCCAGUUGGCAAAGCUUUUGGUUCAUGUGCAGAAGAAACCUCUUAAAACUUUAUACGCAGAAGGUAUUUACCAUGCAUAAUAACAUAUUAUGAACCCUUCAUAAGUCAUGAUGGCUGUUACCUGCUCUGCCCGUUCUGUAAUGACUCUACAGCGUUCACCUUCAUUCUCUUUGCCUCCCAAGGACCUAUUAUUUUUCUCAAAAUAAUAGAUUUUAAAUGCUUUAUAACUUCCUUUCUCAUAACUGCAUUUUAGCACCUUUGAGAAACAAAGACCAUGGGGUAUUAAUUUCUUUUAUUUGCUUGCAAGUGCUUAGCAAGGGUUUAAUUUUUGUGAAAACCUUUGGUUGAAAUUAUCGAGUUCUCAUCUGUUUAGAACACACUUUGAACAAUAACAUGAUAUCAUAUGAUGUUAUUGCCCAUCUCAUUUUCUGCCUGUUGCUAAUGGAAGUUCAUUCCGUUGUUCAUAUGUUGCACACAUUCCAUCAUGCUCUGGGUUGACAUUUCCCUUAAAUCUUCUUAGGCACUGAUUCUUGAGCACUUCCCCAUCCUCCCAAAUAAUUGGAAGCAAAAUAGAAAUAAUCUUUAUUUAGACACCAUCCCCUAAUUUGUCUUAGGUGACCAUUGUUAAAGCUUAGAUUUAUGAUUGAUCUGAAAUUUUUGUCUUAUUGUACUUCUGAGUUAUCACAUAUCAACAAACAUGUCCUUAACUGGUUCUGGUCAAAGCUAUUGAGCAUAGUUAAGACAAUCUGAGGAUCAUGUUUCUCAUGAUACAGAACAAUAGCUGUUGGAAAUUCAUAGGUUCUUCCCAACCGGGUAACUGUCAUAUUUUUAUAGUUAGAAAAAGAUCAGGAUAUAUUUUAGUUAUAUGGCACAAGGAAUGACUUACGCUUCAUGGAAUCUAAUACUAGGAGGAAAGGAACUUGGGUUAGCUUAAAGUCUAAUCUCUGCAAUUAUCAGCAAUUAUCAGGACAUAGUUCCAUAUUUGGACAGAUAAAUAGCCCUAUUCAGAUGUUUAAGGGGAAAUGGUUUACAUGGUUUCAACAUCAAAAGUGAGUCUGAAAGUCCCACUUCAGCACA